UUACUGUGAUGGUUGGGGUAGGGGUAGACGUUAAAAUAUUAUUUAAUGAGUAAUUCAAUAAAUAAUACGAAUAAGACAAAUACUGUUUUAGAGAAUAUUGAAAUACAAUUAAUCAUUUACUAAAGAAUAUUAAUAAUUAUCGUUAACUUCCGUCCACAGCUGUAUCUCUUCUAGCGACAGCCAGCGUAGGUCGCGGUGAUGCUGACGGUGAAAAAGCGCAGAUGCUCGGUCGUCUCCACCACCGGUGUCACUGCGGAAAAGCACCGGGCUGGCAGGUCGCGCUGGCCGGAUGGGGAACGUUUCCUCCGCGGUCAAACACUGCCUGAGCUACGAGACUUUCCUGCGGGAUUAUCCGUGGUUGCCGCGGCUCCUGUGGGAAGAGAAGUGUUCAGAGCUGCCCAAACUUCCAGUCUACGUCAAAAUCGUGGAGGUCGGACCAAGAGAUGGACUCCAAAAUGAGAAGGAAAUCGUGCCGACAGAGGUCAAAAUCCAGCUGAUAGACCUGCUUUCUCAGACUGGCCUGCCUGUGAUCGAGGCCACGAGUUUCGUGUCUUCAAAGUGGGUUGCACAGAUGGCCGACCACACCGCAGUGCUGAAAGGGAUUAAAAGGUCUCCUGACGUUAGAUACCCGGUUCUGACUCCCAAUAUUCAGGGCUUCCAGGCAGCCGUUGCAGCGGGAGCCAAUGAAGUGGCAGUGUUUGGUUCUGCAUCAGAGACGUUCAGCAGGAAAAACAUCAACUGCUCCAUAGAGGAGAGCUUGCAGAGGUUCGAGCAGGUCGUUUCUGCAGCCAAACAGGAAGGCAUACCAGUGCGCGGGUAUGUUUCCUGCGCUCUCGGCUGUCCCUAUGAAGGACAAGUAAAACCCUCACAAGUCACGAAGGUGGCGAAGCGCUUGUUUGAGCUGGGCUGUUAUGAGGUUUCCCUGGGGGACACCAUUGGCGUGGGCACUGCGGGCUCCAUGGCUGAGAUGCUGAGCGAUGUGUUGACAGAAGUGCCCGCUGGUGCAUUGGCGGUGCACUGCCAUGACACUUACGGUCAGGCGCUGCCCAACAUACUCAUAGCUCUGCAGAAACAAACUCCAUUGUCGCAGUCAACUUUACUCUGCGUCUCAAGCCCCCCGUCCUACAUGUCGAGCUCCCGGGCAAACUGGUAACAGAGGAAAAGCCGUCUACAUGAAGUUAAGAGGUCAGCUGGUAAGCCAACCCCCCCAC